UUAUACCGAUUGAGGUGUUUAUACGGAAAAUUUUCAUUCAGUUUGGACUUCUAAACCGAUUGUAAUCGGAAAAUACGACUCCGUGUAAACCCACCUAUUUAUGUACAGUACAAAAGUUUCAACAGUAUCGUUAUUUUGAUUUGAGAGUCGAUUUUAGAACGUCUUGUAUCGGUGGUAUCGACCUUAUCGACAUUGCAGCGUCGAUCGGCACGUAACUAUAGGUCGACGCUGCGUUACGUCACUUCCUGUCGGUUCAGGCGGGCUGGUUGAAAGCAGAGACGAACAUGGAGACGGAGAGUUUCUUAACAACAGUUGUGUAACUGAAAUAACGUUAUUUUAAGUCGUUAGUCAGCGACAAUAGACUCAUUUCGCUAAGUUGUUAAUGACCGAGUGCGCGUCGGCAUCAGAGUUGUCUGCAUUUGAGGCUAGGUUAGCUUCUCCAGCUAGCUAACGUUAGCCUGCGACUUCGGUGUUUUUAUAUAACAAAUACAAUCUUUGUGAUUUAACAAGCUAUGGACCGACCUUCAAGGAAGACAAAGCUCGUGAGUUACAUUGAACCCAAUGACUUUGAUGAUGAUGAGGACUUUGCCUGUGCCAAGGCACCACCCAGCAAAAAAGCCAGGGACCAGGAACCGAGGAAAUUAUCAAUCAAGUCUUCCAGUCAAGAGAACAACUUACAAUCCACACUGAGUCAGAAGAGCAGAAAACCUCUGGAUGAGAAGUUGUACGAUAGAGAUCUGGAAGCAGCCAUUACUCUGUCUCUUCUCAAUAAUGCAGAUGGACAGAGGGACCAGGCUCCCGUCAGUAAAGACGUCAAAGUUCAACUCCCAGUAGAUGAAAACACAGAUCCAGCACUUUUACAUCGCUCCAACUGCAGCGUAGAUGGUGCAGUUAUAGGUCUGGACAUAAUAACAGCAGAGGUGUCAAAUGCCCCGUCCAGACAGAGGAUGGCUGAGUCUAAAGCAGUGGUGGAGCACAGAAAAAAGGAUGAAGAUGAGGACUAUGAACCCAAACUGAUGCCAGAUUCGGAAAGUGAUGAAGAUUUCAGUGAACCAGCUGAGAGCGAAGAUGAAGAAUUUACAGUAAAGAAAGUCAACAAGACUAAAAAGAAGGAGAAAGUAACAAAGAAUGACAAAACUAAAGCGACUCCUGCUUCUAAAAAGGAAAAGCAACCAUCAAAACCGUCCAAGUCUAAAUCAAAGUCUGCAGCUUCCACCCCAGUGCGAAGUCCUCCGACAUCCAAACUUGCCCCCAAAAGACCGGCUUCAUCCUCCACAGUAUCCUCAGUAUCAAAGUCUGUAGUCUCCCUGAGCCCAGCAGGGGCCGGAAUACCCAAGUGGACCCCACCAGCACAAAUAGGUAAAAGCACAACGUCCCAGAGUCCUGCAGUGAAGUCUCCGGGUCAGGGGCUGCGACUCGGACUCUCUCGACUUGUUCGAGUCAAACCUCUUCACCCUAGUGUUGCAAGUCACUAAAUGGGUCAAACAGUCCUUUAUGUCUAAGCAGCAUGUCUUUGUCUUCGAGUUGUACUAUAUCACAUAUCGUCAGAUCAUUUUUUCAUCCGUGUGGUUAUCCAUAUACUGCUUUUUUUAAUGCUCACAUUAAUAACUUGUUUCCCUCUGAUGUGUGUAAACAUUGUAUAUUGUGUAUAUAAAGAAUAAAAUUUGAAAACCAGUAUAA